UGUUUUGAUUGCUGGGAAGAGCCAACAUGGUAGUGGCAAUGUAUAGUACUGUGCACACAAUUGAACCCAAAAUAGAAGUCGCAAUCUUGACUGCUACGCCAAGUUGCCAUUUUCCUUUUCCUUUCACAUUAUUCUCUCUAUAAGGAGAAGGUCUUGCCUGUUGGCAGUAACUUGAAUCAGAUUUUCUGAUUUUCUUUUCUCUUGAAGUCAUUAAGCAAAUUCAACUGGCUACCCGGUAAAGGAAUGAUGGGAAGAUCCAUUAGAAUAAUGUUACCAAUAUUUUUGUUACUCUUAGUAGAGAAUGGUAGAGGGGUAAAAUCAGCUUCCAACUACUUGAUUGGGCUAGGAAGCUAUGACAUCACUGGGCCGGCAGCUGAUGUUAACAUGAUGGGGUAUGCAAACAUGGAUCAGACGGCAUCUGGUAUUCACUUCAGGUUGCGAGCUCGCGCCUUCGUUGUUGCAGAGCCUCAGGGCAAACGGAUUGUGUUUGUAAAUCUUGAUGCUUGUAUGGCAUCACAACUGGUUACGAUAAAAGUCCUUGAGAGAUUGAAGGCAAGGUAUGGUGAUCUCUAUACAGAAAAUAAUGUCGCCAUUAGUGGCAUUCAUACCCAUGCUGGCCCUGGAGGUUAUCUUCAAUAUGUUGUGUACCUUGUAACAUCCCUUGGUUUUGUCCGCCAAUCAUUUGAUGCCCUUGUUGAUGGAAUUGAGCAGAGCAUCAUACAAGCUCAUGAUAACCUUCGAACUGGAUCAAUAUAUGUGAAUAAAGGGGAGCUUUUAGAUGCUGGUGUUAAUCGCAGUCCAAGCGCUUAUCUCAAUAAUCCAGCUGCUGAACGCAGUAAAUAUAAGUAUGAUGUUGAUAAAGACAUGACCCUCUUGAAGUUUGUUGAUGAUGAAUGGGGCCCAGUUGGCAGCUUCAAUUGGUUUGCAACCCAUGGAACUUCUAUGAGCCGGACAAAUUCAUUGAUAAGUGGGGACAAUAAAGGAGCAUCAGCUCGCUUUAUGGAAGACUGGUUUGAGCAAACUAAUGGUGGAAGCAUAUCAACUGAUGUAUCUAAGAUUAACAAAAUCCCCAGAAGAAUCUCAAGCAUUAUUCCUCUUGCUAAAGACACUCAUCAUGAGUUACUAGAACUUGCUGCUUCUUUUGAUUCCUCAUCAGGCAAAUCAACCAUCAAGUUUACAAGCCUUGCAAAACGUGUAAGAAGUGCUCUCAGGCAGACUGAAAUGCCUGCAUUUGUAUCUGCAUUUUGUCAAACCAAUUGCGGUGAUGUCAGUCCGAAUGUGCUUGGAGCCUUCUGUUUAGAUACAGGCUUACCUUGUGAUUUCAAUCAUAGUACCUGUGGUGGAAAGAAUGAGUUAUGCUAUGGCCGAGGACCUGGGUAUCCUGAUGAAUUUGAAAGCACACGUAUUAUCGGGGAGAGACAAUUCAGGAAAGCAGUGGAACUUUUUAAUGCAGCAUCUGAGCAAUUAAAUGGGAAGAUCGAUUAUCGUCAUACUUUUGUUGAUUUUUCCAAACUUGAUGUGACAAUUCCAAAGGAAGGCGGAGGUACCAAUGUUGUAAAAACCUGUCCUGCAGCAAUGGGGUUUGCAUUUGCUGCUGGUACAACUGAUGGACCUGGGGCUUUUGAUUUUAAGCAAGGGGAUGACAGUGGUAAUGCAUUUUGGAGACUCGUCCGCAACGUACUUAAAACUCCAGGCAAGGAACAAAAUGACUGUCAACAUCCUAAACCCAUUCUGCUUGAUACUGGUGAAAUGAAACAGCCUUACGAUUGGGCGCCUUCCAUACUUCCAGUUCAGAUUCUGAGGAUAGGGCAGCUUGUGAUUCUUAGUGUGCCUGGAGAGUUCACCACAAUGGCUGGAAGACGGCUCCGUGAUGCUGUUAAAACGGUUCUGACAAGUGGAGAUACUAAAGAGUUUGGUAGCAAUGUCCAUGUAGUGAUAGCGGGUUUGACAAAUACAUAUUCACAAUAUGUGACAACAUUUGAGGAAUACCAGAUACAGAGAUAUGAGGGUGCCUCAACACUGUAUGGACCUCACACUCUUAGCGGCUACAUUCAGGAGUUCAAGAAACUUGCAGCAGCCCUUAUCAGUGGACAAUCAGUGGAAUCCGGGCCACAACCUCCAGAUCUGCUAAACAAGCAAAUAAGCUUACUUACACCUGUUGUGAUGGAUGCAACUCCACUUGGUGUAAAUUUUGGGGACGUCAGCUUAGAUGUACCCAAGAACUCCACCUUUAAGAGAGGUGACAAUGUAACGGUAGUUUUCUGGUCAGCAUGUCCCAGAAAUGACCUCAUGACUGAAGGUACAUUUGCGCUGGUGGAGAUUCUCAAAGGCAAGGAUUCUUGGCGGCCUGCAUAUGAUGAUGAUGAUUUCUGCCUCCGCUUCAUUUGGUCCAGACCUGCUAAACUUAGCACCCGAAGUCAUGCAACCAUACAAUGGAUAAUACCACAAACAGCUGCUUCAGGUGUAUACAGGAUUAGGCAUUUUGGCGCUGCAAAGAGUCUUUUGGGGUCAAUUAAGCAUUUUACAGGUGCUUCCAGUGGUUUUGUGGUGGCAUAAGAUUUUUAUUUUCCACUCCUUGCAACGAACAGAUAUUGUAUGAAUCUUCUCGCUAGCAAUUGAAGCACUGAGUGUGUAUAAUUUAAAAUUUUGAUU